AUGAUAAUUCAGGCCCUACUUUUGUAUCAUGAAUUUCAGCUUGAUGACAUCAAGGUCGAGCACCACCUGGGGAGUGGGAUCCCGACCAAAGUCUUUGCUUUCAAUGAUUUCACGUGUCGCCCUGCCCAUCAUUCCUCAUGGUCUGCUCCAGAACCUGACGCACAGCCUUGGUGUCCUUUCAGGUCUCGUUUGGAGUUCAAUAUUGCUGAAAUCGCCCUCGAAGCGGCCCUCAAUAAUGAACAGACGGACCAUCUCCUUGACAUAUGCUGCCGCUGCGCACAGAAGUCAGAGAAACUAACUUUCAAGAACCACAAGGACGUUUGCGCUAAGUGGGAUGCAUUUACAAAGGACGUGAUUUCGAUACCCUUCGCAGAUAAAUCAUGGGACUUUGACAUCUACUAUCGCAAUCUUUGGGAGUGGGCUACUGACCUCCUCCGCGAUCCUCAUCUGUUUCCUUAUUUUCAUUUUGAUGCCCAGUGCUUGUCGAAGUUCAAUGGCCAGUCUUUUGAACGAUUUGUAGAUGAACCCUUUACUGCUCAAGACUUCUGGGAUGCUCAAUCGCAGCUGCCACAUAGCGCUAAGCCCCUCGCCUUCAUAUUGUAUGCUGACAAAACAAAGUUAUCUAGUUUCGGUACUGCAAAAGGUUAUCCCAUCGUUGCACGAUUGGCGAACUUACCCACCCACAUUCGCAACAGUCAAGGAAUGGGUGGCGGUUAUAUUGUUGGGUGGCUUCCUGUGGUGAAGGAAGAUAAAGCCCAUGCCGGCAAGCCGGCAUGGGCUAACUUCAAGGCCACAGUAUGGCGCAAAUCCUUUGAAAGGAUACUGUCUUCACUCGCUGCAAAAUCAAAAACUGGUCAAUGGUUGGUGUGUCUAGAUGUUGUUCAGCGGUGGUUUUUUCCACUGAUACUCAUUUUAUCUUCCGAUUUUGAGGAACAGUCGACAAUGGUGCUUACUCGUGGUGUUAGGGCCUUAUGGCCAUGCCCAAUCUGUCUUGUUCCCCAUGAUAAACUUUCGGAUAUGUCGCACUGCUAUCCACGUCGCACAUCUCGUGAAUCACAAGCUAUCCUAGCAACUGCACGAGAAAGGGAGACCGCAGAAGAGCGGGAGGAAGUACUGAAAGAAUAUGGACUUUGUGAUGUCCAGAAUUCGUUUUCGACAGUGUCCUCAAUGAAUGUACAUCGUGCAUUGUCUUGGGACAAAUUGCACUUUCACUCUGGUGGUCUAUGGCCUGAUCACUUAUGGGUAGAGCUUCAGAAGUGUAUAAAUGGUCUCGGACGAGAGAAAACAUCUCAACAUCCAAAUCAGGUCAUGAACAUCUCAUUUACCAACAACUCCACGCAUGAAGACAUUUCGAAGAUGAUAGUAUAUGCGACCCACAAUAUAUUGACAGAGGCAGACUGUCCUCUCGGUUACCUGCUCCUUCGUUGUGUCCGACUUUACCUUGAACUCGAUAUGUAUGCCUCGCUCGAGGUUCACACAACGGAGACUAUAAGCAGUGGCCGACACACACACCUUGCAUUUGCAGCUCUUUUGCGGAGUGAGAAGAACUGGAAUUUUCCGAAGUUGCACAUGGGCUCGCACAUUUUUGACGAUGUCAAGGCAAAAGGAGCAACACGAAACUACAAUACCAAGCCGAACGAGAAGAUGCAUGGCUCGCUAAAGGACUCGUAUUUUCUGUGCACAAACUUUCGUGACAUAGCAGAACAGAUUCUCCGUAUUAAUACGUGGCAGGUGGCUGCAGAUCAUAUACGCCACCGCUUAUUUGAAUUUGAUGAUCAUCAAUGCCAAUUGGAUGAAGAAGACUUACUGGAGGAAGAAGACUUCAUUGCCACUGUCGUCGAUCGUCCUAUCUCAACAUGCAACUACCUUCACGUGAAACUGGGAUCGAAGCAACCUCCGCUGACCUUUGAUGCGAUUCAGAUGGCUCAUCAAGCAGACCAGGCCUUCAGUAACUUCUGCAUCAAGCUCAACAAUUUUCUAAAUGUUCUUUUGCCCUCGUCGAGCAUACCGUUGCCUGAAGGCAAACACAUUCAUCUCCGAGGAACUGAUGAGAUUACAGAGCACCGCUUCAUACGCAUCAACUAUGAAUCAAUGGUUGAUUGGUGUCAACAUACAGAUUACCUUCGUUGCAACCCCCGUUUCUUUGGUUCGCCAUGCUUCAACUGCAUCUUCAUCCGGUUGACAGAGAAUAAAGUCAUUCUCGGCCGUCUGAUCUUCUGUUUUGAAUGUCUGGUUGGGAAUAAUAUGUUUCCCUUGGCUCUUGUUCACCCUUUUGACGUUCCUACUGGUUUGCGCACUCGAAAGGACAAGGAUCUCAACCUUUUCAGAGUUCACACAAGACCACGAGCACAGGCACAGUUUUUUUCUGUUAGAUCAUUCAUAUGUGGGGCCCUUCUGGUACCGGAUGGACCCUCUGAUUAUUUCGUAGUCGAUACUGCAGAUACUGACAUGUUUCUUCACCUAAAGAUGAUGCAUCUGGAGGCAGGGCACAUUGUGCGCAUUUGA